AUGAACGCUUUUGUCAUAGUGCUGGCAGCCCUCGUGGCUUGCGCACACGCUGGUGGCCACGGCGCCGGAGUCGGCCAUGGCCACGGCCACGUCGGACCCGCCAAAGUGUCUGCCGGUCACGUAGGCGUUGGCCACCCAGUCAAGAAACCAGUCGCCACACUCGCUGUCGUGAAGCAGCCGGUCGUCAAGCAGCACUACGUCAGCAAGAAGGUGGUCAACUACGUCAAGGCCCCAGUGACCACCGUCACCCACCACGUGGCUCCGGUCGUCGACUACCACCACGGUGCUGGAGGUCUCAGCGCUAGCGCGGGACUCGCAGCUGGUGCCGCUCUCGGAACCGAGGCUGCUCUUCGUGCUGGAAACGCUGGAGUAGGCUUCGGCGGUGGAUUCGGCGGUGGAUUCGGAGGUUACGGGCUUGGAGGCGGUUACGGCGGUUACGGUGUCGGAGGUGGCUACGGAGGCUACGGUCUCGGAGGCGGUUACGGCGGCUUCGGCGGUUAUGGUCUCAAGGGCGGUUACGGUCUUGCUGGUGGAUAUGGUGGAGGCUACGGUGGAGGCUAUGGACAUGGAGGCUACGGACUCGGCGGCGGAUACGGUGGUUACGGAGGGGGCUACGGCAAGGGAUGGUAA